AUGGCUACAGCAUCAGAUAAAUCCGAAAGAUACGAUCGUCAGCUACGAUUAUGGGCAAAUGACGGCCAGUCUAGGCUCGAAAGAAGUCACAUCUGUCUCAUCAACGCCACCCCCACCGGUGCAGAAGCCCUCAAGAACCUCAUACUACCGGGUAUUGGCGCUUUUACGAUCGUCGACGAGAGGGUAGUGAACGAGGAGGACUUGAGUGGGAACUUCUUUCUUACAGAAGAUGAUAUUGGGCUCAAAAUUGCGUAUCAAAUGUCGCGGCUGCUCCUGGAAUUGAACCCAGAUGUUGUUUAUCGUGCUGUUCCAGAAAGCAUUGAAGAUUGCUUACUAAAUCCAGCGUUCUUCGAUGAGUUUGACAUAGUGUUGGUCAGUGAUUACAUUCCACUUUCUGACAUGUUGGUAUUAAAGCAACGAUUGUGGAACAAAAAUGUGCCCUUGUUGCAUGUCAACUCAUGUGGUCUCUACGGCACUUUGCAAAUCUUUUGCGAGGAGACCACCAUAGUGGAGACCCACGAUCCUUCACAGCUAUAUGACUUGAGGAUUGACCAGCCGUGGCCAGAAUUGCAGCAGUAUGUCGACUCCUUCAAGUUAGACACUUUGGAUGAUACAGAUCAUGCACAUGUGCCAUACAUCGUAAUCUUCAUCAAAGGCUUGCAAAACUGGAAGAAGGAUCAUGGUGGAUGCCCUCCGAAAAACUACGCCGAAAAACGCAUAUUUAAAGCUGAAUACAUCGAGAGCCUCUCCCGCAAUAUCAACCUUGAGGCAAACUUUUUGGAGGCUAGCCUGCAAAUACAUCGUGCGUUGCAGGAAACAGUGGUUCCCAAUUACUUAAAGGAGCUCUUCGAAGAUGAAAGAAUCAGUGAUGAGAAUUUGAGUGAAGAGACGCCCCUUUUCUGGAUGUUUGUCAAGGCGUUGGCCUACUUUGUGGAGGUCCCUACCAGACAUGGUGUCGAGCACUUCCAAUUAUAUUACACUACAACAACUCUAUCGCAACAAGGCUUUGAAAGAUCAAGGGAAAUUUGCUGA